AAAACAAUAUUUAACAUCACUCAGGAACAUGGAAUUUAAAUCAUAUAAGACACUGGCCCGUUUUAUGAUUGUUCUGUCCAUAGAACUCAUGCAAUGUAAAGCAAACGUGAAAUCAGUGAAGUUACGGCCAGUGUCUUAUUUCAGUGGUGUGUUACCUACUAGUGGAGAGUGCUUCGUUUCUGAGUUAGAGGACACCAGGCUCAUAGAGUGUUCCUUGAGAUGUUCGAUGACGGUCUGUGCUGGGGUGUUCUAUAACAAUAAUCUGAAGUCCUGUAAACUAGUGAACGAAACUGCAAUGAAAACUUACUAUAUUCUGCACAAGCCGGCUGGAAUUUUCUCUCCGAUAUGACUUCCUGCGGUGAGGGAUGGAUUCAAUACGGGUACCACUGUUACUACCUGAACAUGUCAAGCGCAGCCUGGGACGAUGCUAUGCAAACGUGUCACGGUCUAGGAGCGUAUCUGGUAGCGAUUAAUUCCGCAGAAGAAAACGAAUGGAUUCGACUGAAAAGGGAAUCAGAAUUCUGGCCGAUAAAUCAAAUCUGGACUGGAGGCACGGAUAGAAACGAUGAAGGCUCGUUUAUCUGGGAAAAUAGCAAGAAGGCUCUAAACUACAGCAACUGGGGGCCCGGGGAACCAAAUGAUGAUUCAACCAGCGAGGAUUGCCUGACUCUUUAUUUCUCUGGUGGAAAUUGGAAUGAUGAGAAAUGUCAUUUGGAACGUCCCUUUGUGUGCGAGAAAACAUUUUUUUGA